CUAGAAAGACACAAAGUGAAACAGAAACCCAAAAAAGCUCUGAAAUAUUUGUAGUUCUUUUCAUGUUUUCAGUUUUAUAGAAAUUGAUUUAAAUGGGAGCAAACUUCUGGAUUUCAAAUCAAUCUUUCUACGUGACAGGUUUUGCUUUUGUGGUGUGUUUUGAAUUUUCUCUGAACUGUUGUAGCGACAAAAAACUUUAACUGUGCAAAACUGAGCAGGUUUGCAUGUUACUGCUUAUGAGUUUUCUCUUGUAUGGAGAAAAGCAUACCCAGUUUUCUUUUAAAAUAGUUCAAAUUUUAAAGUCUGCAUUCGUUUGACAGCUAUUUUUCAGGUUAAACUUUAAAUGCACAAAACAUGCAAAAAGAAAAUAACACACAACUGCUUCAAAAUAGCAGAUUAACCCGACUCUGGCUUUAAAUCUUGGAUGUGAAGUGAUAAUUAUCCCGUGACAGGUGCCCUUCUGCUGUGCUUUUUACUUUUUAAAGGCUGCAAUCUAAAGAUGAGAACCUACUUGUUGUUCUAAAUGUGGUUCUUUUACAUGUAAUGGAAUAUUUUCUCGUUGUACUUCGACUAGACUUAAAGGAAUUCACCUACUAAUGUGGCAUUCUGAAUGUUUCCCUUCAAACGAACAAUUACUUUAAUACUUUCGGCAUGAAAUCAGACGUUUAUCAUGUCGUAAAUCAGACUCUACAUGACGUUUUUGCCUCCUGGGGGGGAGUGAAUCACCCUCGGUGUGGUGACGCAGGAGCUAUGAGUCGCAACCUGCACCGCUCUCUGACUAUGUGCUGCCUCCUAUCAGGCAUUUCGCCUCUGUCGGCCACUCUGUAAACACUGGACCGCCCUGCAGAGCUGCUGAAUGAGCUCUUCAGAGACCGUUCCUGCUGUCAACUCUCUGUAUUCUUGUUGGAGAACACUUAAAAUACCUGCACAGAUAACAUCAUGCCUCUGACUAGCGGUGUCACACUGAGCCUCGUUGUUUUGGGGGCCGUGCUGCUGCUGUCCCUCUCAUGGCUCCAUAUCCUGUUGGUGGGAUUCGGGCUGGGCAUUUUCUCGAUGGGAUCCUGGAAGUACAUUCAUGUAGCUGCGUGCACCGUCAAGAGAGACUUAAUGUGCUUGGUUGUUAUACUAAAAGUUAGGUUAUCCAUGUACCGUAAUCUGCGAAAUAGAAGCACCAUCCCUUCCCUGUUUGCUCAGAUGGUGACCCUGCACCCAGACAAACCUGCCUUAAUCUACGAGGCCACAGGAGAGGUUUGGAGUUUCAGGGAGCUGCAGGAGCGAUGCCAUGCUGUGGCACACUGGGCUCUGGCGCAGGGCUGGACGGAGGGCGAUGUGGUGGCACUGUACCUGGAGAGCCAGCCGUUAUCGGUGGCUCUGUGGCUGGGCCUGGCUACGGUGGGUGUAGAGGCUGCAUUCCUCAACCACAACCUUCGUCUGCACUCGCUGCUGCACUGUGUCAAUGUGUCUGGAGCUCGAGCUGUGGUGUUCGGAGCAGAGAUGACUGAAGCGGUGUCAGAAGUGAUCGACCUGUUGCAGCCCGACAUGGUUUUGUUCAGGACUGGUGAUCAGCAGCAGGAUGAGAAGAAACUCUGCAGCCUCCAAGUUCAGAACUUGGACACUUUGCUGGCUGGUUUCCCCAAACACCCACCACGGUACAAACUGGAAAAAGAAUUUAACGACAGACUUUUCUACAUCUACACGUCUGGUACGACAGGAAUGCCAAAGGCAGCUAUAGUGGUGCACAGUCGGUAUUAUCGCAUCGCUGCCUUUGGUUUUCACUCCUUUGGCUUGCGUCAUGAUGACAUCAUCUACAACUGCCUUCCCCUCUAUCAUUCUGCAGGUACCAUCAUGGGUGUAGGACAAUGUUUGCUCUUUGGCUUGACUAUUGUGAUCAGGAGGAAGUUCUCAGCCAGUCGCUUCUGGGACGACUGUGUCAAACACAACUGCACUGUUAUCCAGUACAUAGGUGAGAUCUGCCGUUAUCUGUUGGCCCAGCCUGUCCGCCCAUCUGAGGCUCAACACCGGGUCCGUGUUGCCUACGGUAACGGCCUCCGACCCUCCGUGUGGGAAGAGUUUGUCCAGAGAUUCAGAAUCCAAAGAGUUGGGGAGUUCUACGGUGCCACUGAGUGCAACUGCAGCCUGAUCAACAUAGACGGAAAGGUGGGGGCGUGUGGAUUCAAUAGUCGUAUCUUGCCCAGCUUUUACCCCAUCAGACUGGUCAGGGUGCAGGAGGAUAACAGACAGCUGCUCAGGGAUUCACAGGGACUGUGCAUACCCUGUCUGCCUGGGGAGCCAGGCAUGUUGGUGGGACGCAUCAACCUCACUGAUCCGCUCAGGAGGUUUGACGGCUACGCGGAUAAGGACUCCACCAAUCAGAAAAUCGCUCACAACGUGUUCAAGAUGGGAGAUUCUGCUUAUAUCUCAGGUGACGUACUGGUGAUGGAUGAAUAUGGCUACAUGUACUUCAAAGACCGCAGUGGUGACACAUUUCGUUGGCGAGGGGAGAAUGUUUCCACCACAGAGGUGGAGGGAGUUCUCAGCGGCCUUCUGGGACACACUGAUGUUGCCGUCUAUGGAGUGUCUGUGCUAGGGGUGGAGGGAAAGGCUGGCAUGGCAGCAAUAGCUCAUGCAGGAGGCCAAUUGGACCUUGAUGUGUUCUUGAUCGCUGUACAAAAAGCUCUACCCUCCUACGCACGCCCCGUCUUCCUUCGAAUCAUGCCAUCUGUUGACACUACAGGUACUUUCAAAAUUCAAAAGACACGGCUACAAAAGGAAGGAUACAAGCCGCAAGACACAAGUGAAAAGAUUUAUUUUCUGAACAGCCGUGCUGGUUGUUACGAGGCUGUUACUGAUGAACUUUAUAAGGCUAUAAUGGAGGGGAACGUGUCUCUAUGAGGCGAGAGGAGAGGACGAGGAGAUAAAGACACUUGGUGAGGAUACUGUGUGGAUUUAAAUGGAAACGAGGAAUAACAGAAAAGUCAGGGAUGAAAACGAUUAAGACAACUACAUUGCUGUAAAAAUCCUAAUACUGGAAACAUGAUCUGUUUUUGCAAUUAAAUGAACUUAUAUGUUUGUAA